ACCAAUCGCCCACCGGCCAACGGGAUGUCACCUGAUGAUGCGCCGGCAACAUCAUCCUCAAGUCUCGGUUCUUCUCGCGAUACUCAACCCUGCCGUUCCCUUGCGACAACAACGCCCGAGAUAACCUCUCAAAAUGUCCUCGAUUGCUGCUAUGGCUUCCCGCCGGGCUUUUGCCCGUCAGACCAUCCUCCGUGCUCCUCCGCGCCGCUUCUACAGUGCCUCCAAGAUGGAGGAGGCCGACCUCGAGAAGGCCCCCAAGCGUGACCCCGAGCUCUACGUUCUCCUCGGUGUCAUGUCUGGUGCUUUCCUGAUCGCUGGAUGGUACUUCGGCCGCAAGCCCACCUCUGUCAACUCCGAGAGCAACGUCCGGAUCGGCCAGAGCGCUAUGCCUUGGCACGCUGCUGAGGAGGACGGUAAGGUCUACAAGUACCAGUACCACCCUCACGGUGACACCUCCCAGCCUCUCCGGAACGCUCCCAGCGCCAUGAACACCGUCAUCGUUCCCAAGGUCACUCUUCCUGAGGACCUUCACGAGCGCUUCAACAAGCUCGGCAAGGAGGAGUGGGACUACUAGAUCCGCAAUUGAGAGUGAGUCCGAGCCGAGUACAGAGUUGGAGCUGAAGGUGGAGCUGGGGCAACUCCUGGUGUCGAUUGCUGUACACUAGAUUUACCGGC